AUGUUUGAGUUUUCAUUGAUCACUGGACUGAGGAUUACGGGCGACGAUGCAGCCAUGGAGAGAAGCAAUAGGCUGUACGAGACGUACUUCCAGGGACAUCGGUCGAUGCCUCUACCCGACUUGAUGGUCGCGAUCAGGGGGUGCGACCAUAUGCUAGAUAGAUUGAAGCUUGGGCUGGUCUACAUCCUCGAGAGUGUAAUGAUGUGUCAUUACAAGAAGACUGUCAUCGACAAUUUUCAUUUGCAAAUUUGGGUGUAUGAGAUAGCACCUGUACUGGGGGCCCGCUUUGCGCAGCGAGGGGAGACACGCUUAGUUGAAAUGUCAAUAUGUCAGCUUGAAGUCAUACCUGAGUUGACGCCGUCGAUGAAAGAGGAGGCUCGGGGUCUUGUGCAGGAUUUAGGCGUUUCGCACACCCCAGACGAGGAGAUGUCUGAUCCGAGCUUGGACCGAGAUUGGGAGGGCGGUCCAGCUGAUCGACAAUCACCUUCGCCGAGGGCAUCGCCACCACCAUUGGCAUCACCUCCGUCGAGAGUAUCGUCCCCGCCAUUGGCAUCACCUCCGUCAAGGGCAUCACCACCUCUAGUGGCAUCACCUCCGCCGGGGCCAUCGCCGCCGCCAUUGGCAUCACCUCCGUCCAGACGCCUCCCCCGUGUGUCUCCGGGGCACAGUGUUGAUUUCUAUGCCCGUUUGACUGGAUUUAUAGCGGAGGAGGUCGGCACGCUACGACGAGAUUUGACGGAGAGGGUCGAUGAUCUGGGACGAGAGUUGACAGGGAGGGUCGACGAUCUGGCAGGGAGGGUUGACUAUCUGACAGGGAGGGUCGACGAUAUGGGACGAGAGUUGACAGGGAGGGUUGAAGAUCUAUCACAUGAUGUUGGAAUACUACAGUCUUCCGUUGUCGACCUUCAGGAUACAGUAGCGGCGCUUAGAGGAGAUUUAGCCGACAGACGAUGGGGGGACAGAGGGGAUGGCGGAGAUCAUGAUCGAGAGGGUGGCAGAGAUGAUGAUGGAGAGGGGGGUCACCCACAUUUUUGGCGUGAUGAGACAUUGGAGUCAUUGUGA